GGCGGGGCAUCUCGUCCGUACCUAUUGUGAUAUCGCCCAUUCUUGCGGAUGUGGUUCUCCCCAUUCACGACUGUUCGAUGAAGUUUCAUAGAGUCGCUGCGAACUCCAUCAGACUUUGGAAGCCUCUGGCACUUCAGGGCAUUCGAGCUUUCAGCAUGAACUUCGAAGGGGCAGCGACGGAGCUGCUCGGGACCAAAAAGCCACCGUUCAUCUACGGCACGGCAUGGAAGAAAGAUCAGACGAAGGCACUGGUCAAGCAAGCUAUUAAGGCUGGUUUUACCGCAAUAGACACAGCUGCGCAGCCAAAGCACUACCAGGAAGUACUCGUGGGCGAUGCAUUGAGGGAGAUCCUGAGCGAAGGACUCCUGUCGCGAGAGCAAAUAUACCUACAAACCAAAUUCACGCCUCCGGCUGGCCAGAACAAGACGAACAUGCCGUACGACCCUAACGCACCAUUGAAGUCACAAGUGCACACCUCCAUUGCAUCAUCUCUAGAGAACCUCAGACCAAAAUUCGAUCUUGGCUCGGUGCAGGACAGCUACAUCGACUGCCUCGUGUUGCAUUCACCGCUAGAAACAAUCCAGGACACCUUGGCUGCCUGGAACCUGUUCGAGUCAUAUGUUCCCCAGAGGAUCCGCCGGCUAGGCAUCUCCAACACUGAUCUCGCCGUGCUCAAAGCCGUGUACGACGGAUCCAGAGUCAAACCGUCAGUCGUUCAAAACAGGUUCUACAACCGCACCGCUUUCGACGUGGACCUCCGCGCCUUUUGUCGAGAACACGGCAUCGUGUACCAGUCGUUCUGGACGCUGACGGGCAACCCGGGGCUGCUUAGGACGUCGCCGGUCGCGCUGUUGAGCAAAGAUGCCGGCGUCUCGAAGGAGCUGGCGCUUUACGCGCUGGUCAUGAGUCUGGGCAUCGCGCCGCUGAAUGGCACGACGAGCGAAGAGCACAUGAAACAGGACCUGACGGACAUUGCGAGGCUCAAGAACUGGACGUUUGUGUAUAGCGAGAAGUGGUCUUCGAUAGUAGCAGACUUCAAGGCCUUGAUUGGAGAUGCGUCGUAACGAGGUGGAUCCGUCGUUUUGAAUGGCACACCAACGACGUCCUCGAGACCAACGUUGGCGUAAAUCGACGAGUUCUCCGCGAGGAAACGUACAACAUGUCAGGUGCAACCCAAAUAUUCUUCGAGAUGACAAAUGAGACGCUCACUUCCACCAGAGCUGAUCUUAGAUUCGAGAUUCGUUACGCAGAUAAGAGACAAGACCAGUAAAACGAGCGCCAAACACGUGAGAGUCGUCCCCCUCAACUCGAUAAGGUUAAGUUGUGUUGUGAACACAGGUUGCACACAUCAUACGGCGGUGAGCAAUACCGACCCAUGCUGCUCAUUCACCCCACUACUCUCGAUUUCGUUUACGCACUACGCGGAAAUGAAGUUGCCAGGUGCUCGAAACGCGGCUGUGCUCGUAUUCAUAUAUAUAUAUAUAACCGCAGAAAGUUGCAAAGGACGAGCGAGAAGUAGAGUUCCUCAUUGCAAGAUGUCAAAACGGAUCCAAAAGGGUCACGCACCACAAACGCUACGCUUCAAAGUCCACCAGGUUGACUUGGGGACAAAAGGAUCGAGUACACAACAAUAUUUGUGUAUUCACAGCGAACAUCACCAGCCACUGAUGGCAAGGGAAAAGGAAAUAAACAAGUAAAAUUCACACAGUACGUCACGAGCACCGUGAAGGCAUCCCAGAGAGGACAGCAAAUUUCGAGAAGGGGCUGAACGACAGCGCAGCGAAAGACUAGCCAGAAACUAAAACCUGUUACACCCCUCGAAAGCGAGACCGCCGGCACAAACGAAAAGGAGAAAUAAAGAAACCAAUAUUACAAGAACGUUCAGAAAAAGAAAUAAAAAAUUCGAGACCAGGGAAGGACAGCGCGAAGGUUUUGCCAGUAGUCAUGGGUCCAACCCACCCAAACGCGUGGAACGUCGGAAAAACGCCCGCCCCAUCAACUUAAGUCCCCCCUAGAAAACAAGUGUCCAAACGCCACGCUUCUAGCGGCUCUACCUACCAAUCGGUCGGUUCCCACGCUUUCGGGUCUCUGGCCUUUUUGCUCAUCAGGAUUGUAAUUUUUUUUUUCUGAGGCGCGCUUUUUUGGCUCGCUCGCUGACCAUGGUCAUUAUUCAAGAGGGAAAAAAAAGCAUCGAUAAGGAGCACAGCCGCAAGACAGGGCGCUUCACCUUGAAAAGUUGGAACAGCGCGCAACCCUCACGUCGGCGCAGCGAGGACAUGUUUCCAUCACUACGAGCCGUGAUUUUGUGCUUGUUUUUUUUUCCCUCUUCCACUGAACGGCGCGGUGCGGACGAAGAAAGCAGAGGAGGGGGUAGAAGGCAGGCGGAAAGGAAAUG